AUGAACGUCUUCGAGGAGCAGCGGCUGUACCACACGAGCCAGGAGCGCGAGAACUAUGAGAGCAUGGCGACACUAUUCAGCCUGAUCUCGUGCUUGGACUUUUUGGAGCGCGCCUACGUCCGCGGCGCCAUCGGCGAGGACGAAUAUACCCCCGCAUGCGCGCGGCUCCUUGGGCAGUACAAGACGGUGAUCAAGCUGAUUACCGAUCCGACCAAGCCUGCGCCGUUUCGCUUUGACAAUAUCGAGGCGUUUAUGGCGUACUACGACAUGGACUACCCCGCAGCGGCGCACCGCCUCCAGCUCGGCGUGCCUGCCACCGUGGAGCACGCGAGCGAAAGCAAGCCGCAUGCUGCCGUGCAUGCGCAGCUUGUCGCGGAGACGACACAGAACUUUAUUACGCUCAUGGAUGCGCUCAAGCUCAAGAUGCGCGCCAAGGACCAACUGCACCCCCUGCUGAGCGACCUGCUCAGCGCCUAUACCAAAGUCGGUGCAGCGGACGGCGAGGCGCGCGAGAAGCUCCUCGCGUGGCUCAUUACACUUAACAAGCUCAGUGCGAGCGAAGAGGUGGACGAGACGGCGGCGCGCGAGAUGCUCUUUGAUAUCGAGCACGCGUAUACGACGUGGUUCAAGAGUCUGCAGGGUUCAUAG